AUGAAACGCUUCGCUACAGCAAACUGGAAAGGAUCAGGCAAAGAAGGUAAAGGAACAAAUACUACGCAGUCAGGAGUUUUAAAGGAUACACAGUAUUCCUAUCUCAGCCGUUUCGAAAGCGGUGUUGGUACGAAUCCUGAGGAAUUGAUCGCUGCUGCCCAUGCGGGUUGUUUUACAAUGAAAUUGAGUUUCGUACUCGGAGCUGCGGGUUUUACACCCGAUAAUAUCGAUACAAAAUGUACAAUAACACUCGACAACGGUGCUAUCACGGAAAGCCAUCUUGAAGUUAAGGCAACAGUUCCGGGUAUUGAUGCUGCUAAAUUUGCUGAGUGCGCUGCUGAUGCCAAAGCAAAUUGCCCGAUCAGCAAAUUGCUCAAUACGAAUAUCACCAUGGAAGCAAGCCUGGCCUGA